GAUAUUUACCACUGGAUAAAAUACACAUCAUCUUUUUUGAGGAGUGAUAUUUAAUUAUUUUCAUUUUGUAUCGUAAUGUAUAAAGUUUUUUGUUAAGAUACGCUUCAGAAAUGUCGUGGAUUACUAAGUUAACCUCUGUUUUUAUGUACGUCGCUUUAGACCUUGGUCAGUUUGUUCAUGGAGCAAGUGAGGAAGUAAACCAACAUCUUGCAAUGGGAAUGAAAUUGGUCUCUGCCGGACAGUUAUCAGAUGCCCUUUCGCAUUAUCAUGCAGCUGUUGAGGGUGAUUCAUCAAAUUUCUUAACUUAUUUCAAAAGAGCCACAGUCUUGAUGGCAAUGGGUAGAUCACGCUCAGCAUUGCCAGAUCUUGAUGAAGCAAUUAAAUUAAAUCCAAAGUUCUUACAGGCUUUCCUUCAACGAGGAAAUGUCCAUUUAAAGAGAGGCGAGCCAGAUUUGGCUCACAUUGAUUUUGAAGCUGUGCUGAGAAUUGAUAAUAAUAACGAAGAAGCUUUGAAACAGCUCUCAAUAAUAGAACCAUUCAAAUCCUACGUUGAAAAUGGUAAUGUCUUAAUGGAUAUGGGCGACUAUCAAAGUGCCAUAGAACAAUUAACCAAAGCUUUGGAGAUCGCUCCUUGGGAUGCGACGUUAAGAGCGAAGAGAGGAAAAUGUUAUGAAGUUAUGGGAGAAUUAUAUAAAGCUGUGGCUGAUAUUAAAGCAACAACAAAAUUAGUUAGCGACAACACUGGAGCGUUUUUACAAAUUAGUAGAUUGCAAUAUCAAAUGGGAGAGUUGGAAGAUGGACUAAGAGAAAUUAGAGAAUGUCUUAAACUCGAUCCCGAUCACAAAGAUUGCUUCGCCCUAUAUAAGAAAUUAAAGAAAUUGAACAAACAAUUCAAUGAAGCACAGGGUUUGAUAGACGGAGCAAGCUAUUCAGAUGCUAUACAGAAGUUAGAGUCAGCGUUAAAAACUGAACCAAAUUUACAUUUUUACAUCUUGAAGGCGAAAACACAGAUAUGCCAUUGCCAUCGCAUGAACGGUGAUGUGGAAAAAACGUUAAAUUCUUGUUCAGAGGCGAUAAAGCUGGACGAAAAUAAUGUUGAUGCUUUAUGUGAUAGAGCAGAAGGAUAUAUACUUAAUGACAUGUAUCAGGAAGCUGUGAACGAUUACCAAACGGCAAAAAAUAUCAAUGGAGAUUUAAACAAGGUGCAAGAAGGUUUGGAUAAAGCUCAAAGACUUCUAAAGCAAUCAAAGAAAAGGGACUACUAUAAAAUUUUAAAAGUAAAAAGAAAUGCAAGUAAACGAGAAAUCAUGAAAGCGUAUAGAAAAUUAGCAGUAGAGUGGCAUCCUGACCAUUAUCAAGGGGAAGAUAAGAAGAAAGCGGAGAAAAUGUUUAUUGAUAUUGCGGCAGCAAAAGAAGUUCUUACUGAUCCUGAGAAAAAAGCCAAGUUUGAUAACGGCGAAGACCCACUAGAUCCUGAACAACAAAAUGGCGGAGGAUGGCAAAAUGGCGGUUUCCCAGGUGGAUUUCCAUUUGGACAAGGAUUUCAGUUCAAAUUUCAUUUUCCCUAAACAAAACAAUUGUAUGCGUUCGCCUCUAAUCUCCGUGCUAGAUCGCACGCCCCACAGCUCUAUUCACGCAACAGUCCAUAGACAUAACACCUAUUUCCUGGAAAGUGUGUUUAAUAUUUUUGGGUAAUCAGGACAUCGGAUGGUACAUUUUAUGUAAAUAGAUAAAUUGCUGUAUGAAAACUGUGCCAUUAGAUUACUAUGACAUGUGGACAUGUGAUUGAGGAGCUGAGCUCGCAAAGACUAAUGUAUUGUCUUCUUGAUACAUUAUACAUUGCAGAUCAAUCCAGUUCACUCGAAGAAGUGCCUUGAUUUU